AUGUUUACAUUCCAUAAGACCGAGGCGCUCUCUAGGUCCAGACAGUCGUCUUUCGAUUCGCCUUUAGCAGAGUGCUCAAGUCUGACAUCAGUUCCCGACUCUUUAACAGCAUCGCAAUGCUCAGAGCCUGUUUACACUGAACGCAUGCACUCGCCAGAACGGCGGCGAAGAGCUCCGUCAAACAGAAGAAGAAGCUCUGUCUUUAACAUGCGCUCAAGGAGUAACACCGCUGUCUCUACAACUUCUUCAAUCCUCUCUUCCGGUCCUGCAGACAUGGCUUCCUACGACCACACCUCUCCUGAUUCUCCGCCUGCACUUCGUCACGUUGGCAGUCACAGUCGUCUUGACCAGACUGGCCCAAGAAGAUCGAUAUUUCGAGGAAGGAUGGGCAAGAGGUUGAGUGAAUCGAUCGGGACCGGCGUCGACAUCGACGAAUAUCAGGAAGCAGAUGCUGGGAGGAAGCGAGCGUCGUUUCUCCGGAAACGAAAGGGUACCAACGAGGGUGAAACGUUCCAACAUGAACUCAAAUCCCGCAUCUCGAACCCCUUCGACUUCCAACAUCUUACACACGCCGAUCGUCAUCAGGUAGCUGCGCUAGAACAAGCUUCUGGGUCUGUGCUAACCGCUGGGUGGGCCGAACGUGCUGCAGGAUUAUCUGGAAGUGGUGCAUCGGGAACACCAGGAGUUAUAAGUCCUCGCAAUAUAUCAACCGAGCAUCUGGAGGUGUCUGAGCUCAACUCGGUCCCGAUCGUUAGCCCUAGAUCGCCACCCCAUAGCCCACGGCUCCAAAGCGACUGGCAGCAGCCAAAACCCAGUACCGGCUUAUCACCCUCCCGACCAGGGCUUCGCCUCACCAGAUCUGUGGAGAGCUUCUCGCAACCAGGAGUGAACCUUCGUGCGCACCAACACUCAUCCUCUGUUAUCGCACCUCCAAGAACGUUGUCCCUCUUACCAACCUCACCCUUCCAAGAUAUACCCGAAGAAGGUUCAUCUGGAUAUGUUUCAACCGCAACCCCGGCUGCUCGUUCGAAGAGACAAUCAGGUGUCUGGGAUGCAUUUACGCUGUCAACCACAGCGCCAGCGGAUCAGCUCCCGGGAAUUGAGGAAGACAUUACACAUGUCGGUAACGCUGUGACAACACCCGACGACUCUGCCGUUCAAGCAAUGACUCCACCCUUCAGCCCCCGCCUUGAAGACGUUGCAGAGGAACCGGAGCGAUUCGUCAGACCUAGGCCCGCACCCCAGCCGCCGCGACUGAGAACCCCGACUUCUCCCAAAUCGCCCUUCCUAGAGUCGUUCUCUUUCAAUCAGCGCUCCCCAGGUGUAAGGACUCACCACAGAGGGAAUUCACAUGCUUCGCCAAAGUCUUUUAAGCUGAAGAACCUGGCUACAAGGUCCAGCUCACAAACAUCAGAGACUCUGGGCUCGCCCGACUCACUACGGGAGAGCUCUAUUCCAAGACCAUCAGUGGCUCGUCGCAAGUCCAACACUUGGCGAGCCAUUGAGGAGUCAUGGGAGGAUGAUGUUGACUACAUCUACGAGCAUGCUCUAGAAGCCGACUGUGACAACGAUUGGGACUGUGUGUCUGAGGACGAAAGCUUUGCUGACCGACACCACGCUCUAGCGUUGGCAAUCCGCGAAGACAGGCCUGCAGUACCACGGGCUUCCCAGCCACUUCAUCCUCCAAUUAGCGAAGACCCCAUGCUCCAGUUCCAACUUCCGUUAUCUUCGUCACGUCUCUCGCCUAGUAACGACAGUGUCCCAGACUUAGUUCCCACAUCUGCAGCAUCAGCAUUCACAACAGGUGCAAGUUUGCAGACACCCUUACACGAGUCUGAAGGGUUUUUGUUGAGCCCGUCACUUCUGCUCCCUCAAGUGUACAAAGAUGCAGAAGAGGCCUCGUACGAAGACAUCUUGAAGGAAUAUGUUGGCUCUGACUGCCAUUUCCGCAUCAUUGAUCUAGAUGGAAGUGCCAACAGCUCCGCUCGCAGCAGCCGUGUCCGUUUCAGUCGUCGAAGCUCGUAUGACAGCAGCUUGAUGUCUUCUGCCCAGAGCUCUGGUCUAUUGAGCUCCCCGAUUCGACGCUCGGCAAGCUCUGCUGGAAGUUUGCCAGAGCUGGUCCAUUCCCGUCGCACUCGACAAAACUUCAGUCUCGUUGCCGACGAACUCUCGGAACAGGUCGCGUCCUUGGAGUUGUUUGGCAGCGAUGACGGAGAGGACGACGACAUCACCCCACCAGGAGUUUUGCGUCUCUCGGCAGACCGAACCUUCUCCACUCCUACGCAAGACCAAUCGGGCAAUCAAAGCUAUCAGCAUAACAAGCGUUACCACAAACAGGCCCUGUCUGACAGCGCAGCUCAGCUGCUCACUUCAACCGAACCCACAAAGCUCCGUGGACGCGCAGCGACUGUUAGUCGCACCGGUGGAGAGGAGUAUCUGCACCUCUUCCCCACACCACCCUCGUUCUCUCCUCCCAUUGUCAAUUGA